CGCCAGCCAGCCCGGGCCGGCCCCCUGCUGCCCCCGCCAUCCCCGCCACCUCGCCCGCCGCUGCCACCGGCCACCCACCCACUCAGCUCCUUCGGCCACCGCGGCCGCUGCUGCGCUGCACUGCCUGCGCCCAAGGCUCGGGAGAGGGCCGCGGAGGAGCCGCCCCCCGCAACCGGCCCCCGCCCGCCGCGCCCCAGCCCGCGCCAUGGGGCUCUGGUUGCCGCCGCCCCCGGCGCCGCCUGGCUAGGACGAUGCGGGCGCCCCCGGCGCGCGGCCCCUGUGGGCACCAUGAGCCCCUUGCUCCGCCGCCUGCUGCUCGCGGCGCUCCUGCAGCUGGCCCCAGCCCAGGCCCCUGCCUCCCCGCCUGAGUCCCCUGGCCACCAGAAGAAAGUGGUGUCAUGGAUAGAUGUGUAUGCUCGCGCCACCUGCCAGCCACGGGAGGUGGUAGUGCCCCUAACUCUGGAGCUUGUGGGCACCAUGGCCAAGCAGCUGGUACCCAGCUGUGUGACCGUGCAGCGCUGCGGCGGCUGCUGCCCCGACGACGGCCUGGAGUGCGUGCCUACUGGGCAGCACCAAGUCCGAAUGCAGAUCCUCAUGGUCCGGUACCCGAGCAGUCAGCUGGGGGAAAUGUCCCUGGAAGAACACAGCCAGUGUGAAUGCAGACCAAAAAAAAAAGAGAGUGCUGUGAAGCCCGACAGGGCUGACACUCCCCGCCACCGUCCCCAGCCCCGCUCUGUUCCGGGCUGGGAUUCUGCCCCCGGAGCACCCUCCCAAGCUGACAUCACCCAUCCCACUCCAGCCCCAGGCCCCUCUGCCCACGCUGUACCCAGCGCCGCCAGCGCCCUGACCCCAGGACCUGCCACUGCCGCUGCAGACGCCGCAGCUUCCUCCGUUGCCAAGGGCGGGGCUUAGAGCUCAACCCAGACACCUGCAGGUGCCGGAAGCUGCGAAAGUGACACAUUGCUUUUCAGAUUCAGUGGGGCCGCUUUCCUCGCAGGCCAUACCUCCGAGAGGCCUAGAGGGCAGCCUGGAGAGAACAGCCCUGCCGCCCCCCCUCCCCAAGACCUCAGCUCAGGCGGACACUGCGUCAGGACUUGGGCCUCUCAGAAGGCUUUCUGGCCACCCCCUGUCUCUGCAAGGUUGCAUCCAACAUGGUGGGCAGAGUUGGAUGAAACUUGGAGGCAAGAGGGAUGGUGUACCAGCUUGGGAGAACUUGGGCCCUGUCGAAGCCUUUGACCACUCUGUGCAAGUGAGCAUCUUAACUGGCCCCUCCUUGCCCUUGCUAAGGAGACCCUGGUCCUCUGCAAAUAAUGGGAGUUGGGCUUCGGUAUGAGAACUGUGACCCCAGAUUCUGAUAAAAGAGAUGGAAGGAGCUGUC